AUGAAUGGUAGGAUCAAUCACUUUACGCCUCGUACCGGGUUUGUGCGUCUAUAUUGGCACAUGAUGUGUUUGUUUUUAGGAGGCAAAUCUACUGUACUCUUCAGGGAGGGAAAUUAAGUUGGAGAGAAAAGAUUGAUGACUGAGCAGACGGAGGAGAGAGAGCGAGAUGAAGAGUCCGCAGCAGCAGCAGCAGCAGCUGUGUCAUACCCUUUCUUUAAACUUUAAUCUUCCCCUCCAGUCGUUUUCCUGCCAGACUGAGAGGCGUAGGAUUUUCUGAGGCUCAUAUUUUUAUGUGUGACUGUAAACUGAACCCUGAAAUCGUGUCGGUGCAACAUUGACUCUGCUCCUGAAGUGCUCAGACUCGAACUAAACUCAUUUUGGCUCCUCUGAGAAUCAUCGCUCAUUUUAGGGUUGUGAUUUUUUUGGAGGAAUAUCCACAAUUAUUGCCGAUGAAUUGUAUGCUAAUGUUUGCUUUUUUUGCUUCAUAUUUCUGGCGUCUCUCACUCCGAAAUGUGUUGCAUGUCUUUUGUCCUUGCUGUGGACAGCAUUGCUCAGUCGUGUGUGUUUGUGUGUGUUUGUGUGUAAUCCUCUUGUUUCCAGCGUUUGAUCUGUUGCCGCUGCUUAAGGGCCUCUUUGGGAAAUGCCUCGGAGAAAGUGUGUGUUUGUGUGUGUCUGGUGCAUCUAUUCCACAUGACUAAUCCUGCAGUUCAACAAAGUGGCAAGCCCCCAACUUCGCUAUACUGUCUGCUUUCACUCCAUCCAGGAGAUCAAGCAGCGUCAGGGUUAUUACACUCUCAUGGAUGUAGAACAUCUGAAAUGAGGCGAUGUUGAUUUUGGAAACAGGUGGACACUCCCACAGACAGAGGCGUGUGUGUGUAGGCUCAGAUGAAGCCAUGUGGGGAGACUGUUGAUCCUCUACGUUUAUCCCAAACAUCCCCAGGUGGAGUGUUUGAUAUGUAAAUGCUUAUAAAGCAGUGAUGCGGUUUCUCCCAGCAGACCUGGGAUGUGUGUCUGGAGGUUUAAGUGUGCAGCUCCAAGACAACAGCACCUGGGCAGGUAGAGAGGAAGUCAAUCCACACGUGACAAAGGCUCUCCACUGUGGUAGAGUUUGUUUACAUGCUGCACAAGCAUCACGGCAGCAGAGGAGGACGUUUCAUCUGAGUAUACUGGAGGUUUUAUUUUAUCUCAGCGUUAGCAGAGCGACUGUUGUAUUCUGGAUUGUUGAGGAUGCUUUGGAGGGAACUACUGCUUAAACUAUAAGGAUGGAUGUUGGUGCAGGAAGAGAAGAAAAGCAGGAAUGAGGAAGAGGAGAUAUGACAGAUAUGGAGAUAUGACAAGAUAAGUUAAGAUACCAAGAAAAAGUAUCAGUUCCCUGAAAAAAAAAGGUACAAACCCCUUUUACAGGGGCCAGGACUCAUGAGGACUCUAUUUACAAAGACCCGAAGGAAAGGUGGGAUCAGACUGUGCCCCUUCCUGUAAGGUCAGACCCACUGGCAUCCCAUCCUAACAGGCAGAAACCUCAAGCAGAACCAGACUCAAGAAUUUCCUUUAGCAGGCAGAAACCUCAAGCAGAACCAGACUCAAGAACUUCCUUUGACAGGCAGAAACCUCUGGUAGAACCAGACACAAGAACUUUGUUUAACAGGCAGGAACCUCUAGCAGAACCAGAGUCAAGAACUUCCUUUAACGGGCAGAAACCUCGAGCAGAACCAGACUCAAAAAAUUCCUUUAACAGACAGAAACCUCGAGCAGAACCAGACUGAUGUUAGACAGUCAUCUGCUGAGUCUGAGCUGGGUUUAGAGAAGAGAGAGAGGGGGAUGGGUGUAGCUAAAGGAGCUCCCAGAGGAACCUACAGCAUGAUGGAUCUCAGGGACUCCCAGAAAGAGACUGUAUAAGUGACCCUCACAGGACAUGAUGAUUCAAAGAUUAGGACACAGACAGGAAGAGGAUGGAGAAGGAGGGAAAUGAGCUCCGUGUGCCAGUACCCCCGGAAGUCUAAACCUUGAGCAGCAUAACUGAGAGCUGGCCCAAGCCUGAACCAGGUCUACUCAGCCUGCUAAGAUAUCACCAAUGACUGAAAACAGCUGUAAAGAAGAAAAAUCUAAGAGUUCCGGCUAGCUUGUUUUCUUUGCUGUACAUCUUUAAAUUCGGCACCUCUUCACCCGCAGUCACACUAAACGGUCAUUAUGUUUCCACAAAGAGUCCAGCCACAGCGAACCCCCUCUGGAGUCUUCUGUAUGAGAAGCUUUGCUGUGCCCCACUUAUUCACCCAGCAUCCAGCCCACCGAGAUAAACACACUGACAACUGACAGGCCUGUGGAUGUGACCGCGCUAGCAUCAUGUCCCAGCGGCCCUGUGCUAAAUAUCACCGCCGUUUCUCACUUACAAUAGCCUCUAAAUGAGGUCCGUCAAAGCCAAGGAGACAAUGUGAGGAAUACUCACAUCUCGGCGUGAGAUUAAUUACUUUCUCUCCUCUUUAUGGUGGCAUUUUGCUGACAGCGCCAAAAAGUAGGUCAGAGUAACGCCGCUGCUUAAAUUGGGGUGAAAAGCACAAAGUGAACAGGUGUGACCAAGAGGGCUAAAGGUGUACGGAUAAAAGGUGGAGGUAAUUGGUCGGUGUUAGGGAAGAAAAAUGUCUGUAUGAGGCAAAGAGAUGACGACUUUUGAUGAAAUCUGUGCAUUUAUGUUAGAAAAUAAGAGUCUGCAGGGCCGUCUCUCCUCAGGGAUGUGUGUGAGAGCGCUGUGGUCAACAGGAGCCGGCAGGGUGUUUGGGUUAGCUUCAGGGAGGAAGUUCCAUCAUGGGCAGGCUGGUAUUUCCUGAAGCUGGUGAAUAAAUUACACCCCAGAUACCCGCUCUAUGAAGACACACACCCAGAACAGCUCGGGGAGUUUUUAUUUAAUCCAAUAACGAAAUAUGAGACGAAAAAUCUCGGCUGUUUGUUUCUCCUUUUCCUCUGUAACUUCACUUCUACUCUGGAAGUGUUUUACAUUUUUAUCAUAUGCUGCUACACUGAUAACAGAAAUGUUUUCCAUGUCGAGAUGAAAAGUUAAGAGGCGGCUUCCUGUGUCAGACUUCCUGGUGGGAUAAGAAUCAGAGUCUGAGCGGCUUUAGAGCGGGAAUAAAACAGACCCCAGAUCUGUGAAUGACUGCACAUAGAGAGGCAAAGCAUGUAUAUGUUUAAUGUAAUUUUAUUGAUUUAAAAAUGGUUUAUUUAUAGAAUCAGAAAACAGUCCCUCCGAUGUUUCCAUGGCAACAAAUCCUGACCAGCAUCCUUACAGGGUGAAUCAACGUUAAUUUAAACAAUAAGAUCCACAGUCACGCUCAAACAUCAGCCAGCUCACAUUAAAGACACUAUAAGGAGUUUUAAAGUGAUUGAGGAACAGGCCAAGACUUAAACUGAUGCUUCUUUAUGACGUUCAAAAACAACAACAAGACUGAAAAUUACCCAGAUGGGAUUUUUCAAGCCUGAAACCGCUUUGUCCACAGGGGGCGCCACAAUGAACUCAUGUUAAAAGUUCCUCACUGCAACUUUAAUAAGAAGAGAAGGUCAAACUUUGACCUAUUAUUACUGCUGCCUAUGGAUUACAGUCAUCCAGGCUAUGGUCUCAUGUCUUAUUUCCUGAUUUCAACUACGGCUGGGCAAUAAACCGAAAAUUUACCGAUACUGAAAUUUAGUUAUGAGCUUCUUCCUGACUUAACUAACUGAAAUAUUGUUGUAAUUAUCUUCCUAACUUGUAUUUAAAUCUGUGUUGACAUUUUGUUUGAAGUUCACUCCUCUGGUGACGGUCUAGUCAGGUCCAGAGGACCAGCAGAGUCGAUAAUAAGCUGAGCGUCAUUCGAGCUCAAAGACAAAGUUUGUUGAGUUUCUGCCUCUGUGGAUUUCCAUCCGUGACUCUGCGGCCGUCCUCUUUUUCACGACGGUAACAUCGGCUGAGUCUUACAUCACUAUCUAUCUCUUAUGUCUGAAUGCCAUCCACAGUCUUUAAAGCAGCCCAUUACUCAGCCACUUUACUUUAGUGGCUCUUCACUGCAUCGCUCUCCAUCUCUGGACUCGUUAUCUGUCGUUGUCCCCUUAUCCACAUCUCUGUCACUCUCCUGCUGCCAUAUGAAGACAUCCAUCUGUGCAAUAAGGACAUUCAGUGAAUUAUUUGAUUGAAAAACUGCUUCAGAGCUCCUCGCUUCUAAAAAAAAGGAGCUUAAGGGAAGCCUUGAUCGUCUUAUGAUUAUCUUAAUUUCAUGGAUUACCUUCUGAUUAAGUGAUUAUAGGAUGUAGUAAUAAUCUCUCAGCCUUCUGUAUUGAAGAUGUAAACGGAAAUUGAGAAAGACUCGAGUUUCAAACCCCUCACACGAAAUAUUCUGGCUCAUAUUUAAUUCAUUGCUCACCCUGAACAUACCUUGAGAUACGCGCAAGUGGAGCGGAGUGAGAAAAAGGCUGAGUGGACGUUUUAUACAUUAAUCAUUGUCAGGAAUUGGUGAACAGUGUUUUCAUCCGAGGGGCAGAGCUCAUUUUGCAUGAAAAUUAUACAGACUUUUUGGAGUUUGAAGUUGAAAAGACACUGUAUACGAAAUUGGCUAUUACCAUAUCUGCUUUAGGGACUGUCAGUGUACCGCGGCUUUGUGUAAGUGUCAAAUUUAUUAAAGCUCGCUGCUCUGAAAUGUCUCAUAUUUUAAUAAAACUAAAUCUUGGCACAUUCAGCAAGUUCUGUUUGCACAGCUGUAGCAGCAGCAGCUUCAGAUCUGCAGAAAAAUAACUGAAUGAGUUAAUUCAGCUCGGUAAGAGCAUGUUGGGGUUUAGGCGGGAUUAGAAUUAACGUUCUUGGUGGUGGAUGAAGUUUUCUUUCCUGCACAUGGACGACAACCCAGCUGCAUUUUUGAAUAUGAGCUGGACUAAUAAGAUAAACUUGGAGUAACAUUAAAAAGUAGUGAGGUGAUUUACAUCUACGGAGCGUUAGCAUGCUAACAAGUUGAGCUCACAUGGCUUUUAAAGCACGCAAGCUUCUUAAUGUUUGUAUUCGGUUGAAAUCAGUCAGAGUUGUCCACAUCUACGGUCGAGUUUGUGUGUUUUAAACUUAAGUUUACUGAGUUUCCCUUAAUCCAGGGGUGCCCAAACUUUUCCUGACGUGGAGUAAGAAAAAAAAAGUGUUUUUCGUUAUGUUAAAUUAAAGCUACUGAAAAGUAAAGACAGAAAUACUCUUUUUGUAUCCGUAUUUACAUAUCUCUAUUAUCUUUCCUUAAAUUGCACAUAUAACUGAGAUCAUUUGUUGUACCCUCACCUCCCUCAGGCCGUCCUUAAAUAUCAAACGGAAGCCUCAUCUUCUCGUGGGCUUUACAUCGCCCCUCAUCUCGAUUCCCAACUCUCUAAAAAGCGAAAUAACCUCAAAGUCCUGUCGUGUCUUGGUUUUGUUCAGGCGGAGCCAGCGUGUGGGCCGUCACUCCAGAGGAGAGGGGGAAACAUGACAAACAGUUUGACUCCCUGGCCCCCGUCCUUGGCUACGUCUCAGGUGAGUUGUCGUCAGAAUAAACGGGAGUUUAGUCGGGACACCUUAAAUUCUUGCUUCAUGAAAUGUCUCUUCCUUCAGGAGAACAAGCCAGGAAGUUCUUCCUCCAGUCCGGCCUACCUGCUUCAGUCCUGGCUGAGAUUUGGUGAGACAACAAACCCUUUUUAAGGAACCUGGAUGUGAUGAUGUUUAGCAGGACUACAUAGGUCCCCCAGCCCAGAGUCUGGUCUUUUUGGCCUGCUUUAACUUCCCUUUGAGACUGACUUCCUUGCAGCCUGACCCACAAAAAGAAAAGAAAGUGUGUGUGCGCUGUAAUUAGACAAGACUGUGUGUUUCCGUGUGUGCCUUCUCUAUUGUCUCCAUAAAAAGAAAUAAAUCUUGGGCUGCUGUAAAUAAACCAGAAUAAUAAAUCUUAUCAAACAGUCAUGCUCUUCCUCUCUCUUCCUCUUGCAGGAACUUAGCUGACAUGGACAGUGACGGAAAAAUGGACCGGCUGGAGUUUUCCAUCGCCAUGAAGCUGAUCAAACUCAAACUUCAGGGGCGCAGUUUACCCUCCUCUCUACCAAUCAUCAUGAAGCAGUGUCCGGUCUCCAAUUCUGCCUCCAUCAUGCCUUCAUCGGCUCGCUUCGGUAAAACCUCUCUGAGGAUUUUAACACCUGACCCCCCCCAUCAAAGUUGGUCCUCUGAUCUCCUGGUGUUCGCUUGUGUGUCUCCUCCCAACAGGAAUGGGUUCAAUGCCAAACCUGUCAAUUGGUCUAUCAUCUAUGUCUGCCAUGCCCAUCCUAACACCCAUCCCAGCUAACCUCCCCAUGCGCCCUGUGCAACCCCUCGUGCCAACUCCAAUGACCCUGCCCCUCAUCUCCCCCUUGGGAAACUCUGGACUCCCCAAUGGCAAUGUCAACCUCCUCACCCCUCCUCUUGUUCCCAACAACACAGGUUGGUCCUGCAGCGCUCUGCUCUGUUUGUUGGACAGGGAUUGGUUUGUUGUUUUAGCGUCUUUUUGUUUGGACUUGACUCAAGCGCAGAUCAAGUCAAGUAUUUUAAUAAUUUCUCUCGAAUUUGCGAACUUAAGAAGUUUUAUUUACCUUUCUGAAAUAGACUAAAAUUCAAACUGAGGCCUUUUUGUGAUAUACUGAAGCAAACAGGAUUUGUAGCUUGAGCAGGUAGCCGCUGAAGAUACAAUCCUGUUUUUAGGAUUUCUGCAUAAAUAUUCACAAUAAAUCUUUUCUGAGAGACACCAAAUAAGCAAAGACUGCUUUGUCCACAAGGGGCGCCAGAGUUCGCACAAACCUAAAGUUCCUCACAGGAGCUUCAAAGCUAUAGUGCGUAACUUCUGUCGGCCCCUAGAGGAUUUCUGCAUCAUCACAACGAUACAGCCGGCACCCCAAUAUGACGUAUGCUCAUCACACACAGUAACACUCAUCAGACACAGCAUACCGUUCGUCACGGUACCCAUAGUAACACUGCAAAAUGUGCACUUCUCGUCACGUUACAUAGUGAAAUACUCGCGACUCACCACAUGCUGCUGGUCGAGAACCACCAUACAUGGACUUUAACUGUCUACACAAUAUGUACUUCUUGUCACGGUACACGGAGUAACACUGGCGACUCACCACAUACUGCUUGUCACGGUACACGGUAACUGUCAACACAACAUGUGGGCGACGCCGAUGUAAAUAUGCAUUAGUCCUCUCCGUUUGUCACUCUCUUUCUUCACCAACAGACCGUCUUCCAAACAAGAAGGCUUUUCUUUUUAGUAGGAUCCACUUCUGAACCUCCUGGUCAAUUCUUCGAGUUCUACGCCAUGUUGCUACUCGCAGCAGCGCUCUCCUCCCCCAUCCUUUCUUGUUGUCAGGUAUAACCGAGUAGAACGCGUCAUUUCUUGUGAGACUGGCCGCAGACUGUUAGUGGAGCUGAAUGGAAACGGAUAUUUACAAACAUGUGAAUCUUAAGCACUAAAGCUGUAAUACAUUUGUGUUUUUUGGAUUGCAAAUGGUACAAGUAAAUGAGUGCAGGGUCUAUUGAGAUAUUUUGAAACUUUAUCAAACCCCCGGAAAGCCCCUCUGCUUCAAUACUCAUAAUACUCAUCUAGGUCUUGCACAUAAAGGAUUCGGUGCUAAUGUGUUGAUAAUGACUGCAGUCUGAAAACCUGAACCCUGUCUCCUCCCUGAGGUGUUCUGUCUUUGUGAUAGAGCAUCUGUGUGGAUACUGACACCUUUAAUCCUGCAGAGUUAACCCUUUCUGUGCUGUUGUUCCUGCGUUGGUUUACACUCAUUACGCCUGUUUUUCUCUCACUUUUCAUGUCACUUUAUCUUACUCUCUGUUAAUGUCUAACUUUUUUUGCUCUGUGUAAUGAGCGGUCUAACAAGCUUGAAGGUUAAAUUUCUCAUCAUUUAGUUUCUUCACACACACACACACAAACACUUUGCCUGUGAAUACAUCAGUGUCACGCUGUUUAAACUAACACACUUAAGCGCAGACUUGCAGACAACUGGGAUCGUUUUGUUUUUAGCCAGAUGUCAAUAAGCUUGCUGCUGCUGCUGGGGCUCUGUGUGCUGUGACUGUAAAGUAUCAGGAGAUAAGAUAAGAUGUCCACACAUUCAAGGCCAGCAGCUCUGCACGUCUGCUGUAUGUGGGAGACUGAUUGCAUAAGAGAAAGGGGAGAUUUAUUUACAUACAAACACAGCGCAGUGUUUCCUCAUAUUACACUGAAUAUCUCUUCACAACACUUGAAUUUAAUUGAACUCUUUCCAACCCUGUUUGCAGCGCUACCUCUCUCUGGCUUCUCCUCUCCUAUGGCAUUCUCCCCAUCCACUGGGAUGUCGAAUGCUAACUCUCUUCUGGACCUCGGUUCUAGCAGGUGAGACCCUCAAUAGAACAUACAUUUUAUGAUUUUGAUGCACAUGCUUUGCGGUAUCUGGAUAGGAGGAAGUCACACCAAGUUUCAGCCCCAGCAAAAAAACAAAAGCAGUAUCUUAUAUCCUCCACCCCUGUGGUGCUGUUUUGUGUGCUCUGGGAAGAGGAUCGGAGCUGUAUCUGAUUUCACUUUGAAUGUAUUGUUUGGAGUAAAACUGUGUUACAAACACAAAGUCCUGCCCUCGGGUGUAGGUGGUACAACAAGCAAUAAUAGGGGCAGGGUUGACGUUGAACACCUCACCUUUAACUCACCUCUAACCUCAGCUGGAGACGACCUCUUAUGUAACAGCAGGCGCUUGUUUUUGUUCCCAGACCUGUAAAAGUUUGAGGAUCCCAGACUACAUCUCAUUUAUUUCAGGAGUGUUGCAAGUUUUAACCCGACUCUAAUUCCCCAAAUGAAAUUCACUCUUCUGGAGUGAUCAUCAGCAACCCGAAGCGUCCCUUUUGCUAUUCUUGCAGAGGCAUUGUUUAUAAUAAAAACAGAAAGGCUGAUUAGCAUUGCCUGAGGGUGCAGCCCUGACUCGUUGUCUACGUUGGCUCUGGCUUCCUCUACUGCUAAUUAAGAGCCGAGAGAUAACACCGGGGAGUCUCCAGGCAAUUAGUGGUUUUAAGUCAAGGCUGGAAUACAAAGGGGAGAGGAAAACACUGACCACAUGAUAUCAUGGUGUCAUUUCCCCUUUUUUGGCUCAUGGUUGCUCCUCUUUUUGUUCCAUAUUCGUAGUUCAAAUUCUUCCUCCACCACAUCAUUGGCCAGUAAUUCUCCCAAGACCGGGGCGAGUGAUUGGGCCGUUCCACAAGCCUCGAGACUGAAGUACCGUCAGCAGUUCAACACGCUGGACAAGCUCAUGAGUGGCUACUUGUCAGGUAAACCAAACACACAGAAAUGCUGAAAAAACACGGCAUUCUCAGGGUCAGUUUCACUCCCACGAUGACGGCUCUUAACCCCAUUCGACUCACCUCCUGUGCGCAGUGGCAUGGAAAGUCGCUCGGCUGUUAACUUAUUUUUCUUUUGCAGGACCUCAGGUUCGAAAUGCGCUGAUAGCGUCCAACCUGACUCAGACUCAGCUGGCCACCAUCUGGUGAGUAUGAGUGUCAUCAUCUUGCAUCACCCGGCUGGUUAUUUCGAGGGAGUUUUCAUCAGACUAAGUGUUUGAUUUUUGAGCAGAAGCAUGACUGUUGCUGUCUUUAUUUUAGCUAGACUGUGUUUGUGCAGACAAAAAUACACAUCCAGGCAGGAGUGCAGUGGUGAGGAAAUAUAUAAAGUGAUGGUUUUGCAGACAAAAGCUGGAAAACGUGCAGUUUGCAUUUGAUAACAUAAGCACCAUGUACAGGUGCAUGGUUCUGGGUUGAUGCACCUGCAAACCUAUUGGUAAAUAGACUAGACCACUCAGGCCUUCUCCACACUUUCUGAGCCCCUUAUCCAAGACUUACAUCAGUCCAGGAGCAGAUAAAACCUCCGAACACCCCUUGCAUAGACUGUUUAAGCUCCGCCCCUCAGAUAGAGGAUGUAGGACACUGUACACAAGAACUACCCGACACAGAGACAGUUUCUUCCUCCAGGCUGUCGCUGCGAUAAAGUCUGAGCCGUCACUGAACAAACACUCGCUGUGCAAUCAUCCUCUCAGCUGACAUGAAGCUUUGCACACAGGCACUUUUGUUCAUGUUGCACUGCGGUUAUCUCCUGUAUUUUUGGUAUUGCAGUGAAUGUUGCGGAAAGAAAAAACUCCACGUUAGGGUUUAUUCUGACUCUGAUUCUCACCAUGUAAUCAAACCUGAGCCCAGUCCAGCCCACAUCACAUUGUUCAGAUUAAUGAUGUUUUCUGCUGCAUCAGCUCAGCGGCACUUCAGCGGAGAAGAUCUUUUUAAGCCACAAAGCUGUCGGCAUCCGUCCAGCGUGAUCCCUGCAUUAAGCCCCCGUGCGUCCCCAUGAUGCCAAGCACAGGAGCCGGACUGUAAUUCACCUCAGAGCUGCCAGAACUCCCAGUCUUCUCACUGAAGGAGUUCAGAUUUCAUCAUUUUUGUUGUUUCCAUUCUUAGGACUUUAGCUGACGUGGAUAAGGACGGGCAGCUACAAGCUGAUGAGUUUAUUCUAGCGAUGCACCUGGUGGACAUGGCGAAAACUGGCAGACCUCUUCCCCUCAGUCUUCCUCAAGACCUGGUGCCACCUUCUCUCAGGUACACACAUCCAUGUAAAAAGAAUCCAUGUAUUUAUCAAUGCAUUCUUUAAUGCAAACUUUUUUUCUUUUUAGGGGAGGAAGCAAGUCCACAGAGCUCGUAAAUGGGAUGGGGCCCUACGUCGCCCCCUGUUUGUUGGACACAGCAGAGAUUGAACCCGCACAGAAAAACAAGAGCAGCGGUAACGAAGCACUUCCACUCAUCUGUGUCCUCAUACAACGUGAGUCUGUCUCUUCGUCUUACCUCUCUUAUCUUCCUCUUCAUCGUAGUUUCGUUUGAGGACAAGCUGAAGGAGAACUUUGCAAAAGGCAGCGCCGAGCUGGAGAAACGGCGCCUAGCCCUGGAGGAGGCGCAGAGAAAAGAGAGGGAGAGGAGAGAGAGGGAGGAGAGAGAGGAGAGGGAGAGGCGGGAGAGGGAGGCCAGGGAGCAGGAGAACCGGAGGAGGCUGGAGGAGGAGAGGCGUUUGGAGAGGCAGAGGGAGAUGGAAAGGCAGAGGGAGGAGGAGAGGCUGAGGGAGCUGGAGAGGAAGGAGGUGAGUGGAGAAGAAACCUCACCUGAGAGCAUGUGAAGAAUCAGACAGCGGUUUGUAGUGACAGUGUUUCUUUGUACCUUCAGGCAGCGAAGCAGGAGAUGGAACGCCAGAGGAGGGAGGAGUGGGAGCGUGCGAAGAGAGAGGAGCUGGGAAGGAGGAGAGAGGGGGAGCAGGAGGAGAUCUCACGACUGAGAGCCAAAAAGAAAAGUCUGGAGUUGGAGCUGGAGGCGGUGGUGAGGCAUCACUUUUUUAUCCACAAACAUGCAGAUGUACAAAGUUAAGAUGGAAGCGCACUAACGUCAGUUGUCUCCCAGGGCAACAAGCACAAGCAGAUCUCAGACUGUCUGCGAGACGCUCAGAGUAAGAGGCGGAUCCUGAAGGCGGAGGUGGAUCUCGUCAAUCAGAAAAGAGACGAACGCAUCGCAGAAAUCAACACACUGCAACUUCAGUUUGAGGUUAGAGAAAGAUAGAUGCUCACGCUCUUCUUCCUGCAGUUUGAACAUUUACAUGACAUCACUUCCUGUUCAUAUAUGUGUGUUUGUGUUGGCUGCAGGACUGGCAGAGGAAGCUGUCCCAGCUGGCUCCAGAGCAGCAGAGAUUGACCGAAAAGCUGCGAAACAUCGGCUUCAACCAGAUCUCCUGUAAGCACUCCGUGAAACACUCAGACAGGAACAUCAGUCUGUACAUUUACUCCUUUAACCUUUAACCUCUCUCCUUCGCCUCGCAGCGGCGACUCUGACCACUAUGACCGGGAACGUGACAGAAAAAGGAGUAAACUGUCGGAAGCUGAAGGACCAACUGGACACACUGGAGAGAGAAACCACGGAUAAACUGGCUCAGAUGGAGGAGUACAACAAGGAGCUGAAGGUCAGUGACCACGGCGGGAUGAGAGUUGAGAGCAAAUAAGACCGACACUCUUGUUUGUCCACUGGGGGGCGCCAGAGUCGAUGAAGUCUAAAAGUUACAUACAGAAGCUUUAAUGAAUGAAAAUUGAGGUGAAUACGCUUAAUUUUCCAAAAAUUUAACCUGCCAAGAAACAGGUUUGACUUGUUUGGAACAACAUUCACUCACACAGAAACUAAAAGUGUGAAUAUUAUCUUUAUUUACAACCAAAAACUUGUGUUUAGAUCCUUUUUGUCCUUAAGCGUCAUGAAGAAAAUCUACACCCUACUCUUCUUUAUCCCACUGAGAUCAGGUUACCAUGUUGUUGAGGGUUUUCCUGCCUUCGCUGAAGCCUAGUUUUCUCUUCUCUCCCUGUAUUUAUUCUAGCUAAGCUUAUUAUGAAAUUAUUACUUCUGAAUAUUUACCAAAGAGUUAAGCCUCCCUUGAACCAAUAUUUUAGAGGGAAGAUGUAUAAUCAUGUAUUUUGGUAGAGACAGAAACAUGGAGGUGAAAUCCAUCAUCACAUUGCUUUAUAAGGAGUUUUAUUCUCACAGCAGAUUAUUGGAAAAUAACUUCAAAAGGAGUUUUAGACAAAAAAAAAACUGCAGUGAAAUCUUGUUGAACUGGUCGUGGUAAUUUUAGACUUUGGUUCCUCUCAGGGGUAAACCUAGUUACCUGACUGUAACUGUUCUCAGAUAUACGUACAUACAGGAAAUCUGAAACCCCUCACUUUGUAUUCCAGUCAUUUAACUUGUUUUCGUCUAAUCUUCUAAUACCUCUCCUCCUCUUCUUCUUCUUUUCUCCUCCCUCUUUUUUGUGCUCUAUGCUUCCCGGAUCUCUCUCUCUCCCUUUCUUCUCCUCCUCUCUGGUCGGACUGUUUUAUUACCUUUUUCUUUUGUACUCUCUCCUCCGGCACUUAUCUCAAACAUACCUUUUGUGCUCUCUCUCGCCCUCUGUCCAUUUCAUCCUCUUCUUUCCUCCGCCCUGUCAUCAUCACACUGCGUUUCUCUAAAAGCUCGGGGACAUGGAUGACUGUGUCCUGCGAGGCCUUCUGUCUCUGCUGGCCUGCCUCAGCCAACUCUUCCUCCUCAUCAAGGUUUCCUCUCUCUCUCUCUCUCUCUCUCUCUCUGCCUCCUACUGUGUUCUCUCUCUCUCAUCACCUAUUCCUUUUUAUUUUGUUCUGUGUUGUUUUGGUUGCUUCCCCCCUGAAGCCACAGCCUUAAAUCUUCUUUUUGAUCCUGCAAUGAUUCAAUAACUUCCCUAAUCCUUUUUCUUUUUUGACUCAUUACCAAACAGAACUCUUUCUUUUCUGCCAUUUUUCUCUCUUUGGGGAUUCGUCUUUGUUUUCUGUGUAAACAGGGUGCACCCUGAGGGUAAAACACACACACACAGAGCUAAACCUGCAUGUUUUGUGUCAGAAAAGGGAGACAUUUGAACUCUCUGCACACAUAUAUCUGCAUGUUUCUGUGUCAUCUGUUUUGCAUGUUUGUUAUGACUUAUAUGUGGUGAACACAGACUUUAAAAUGCUCCUAUUUCUUAUAUAUUUAACAGACAUCCUUAUACGUUAGAAGGCUUUGACUUUGAUGUUGUGGGAGCAGAUGAUUCGUAGCCUGCAUAAAUUGAUGCUGCGGCCUGUGGCUGUUUCUGAAUUGUUAAAGCACUCUUUUUUUUCCAUCCCUCUAACACGUUGCAUAUAAUGCGACUGCACCAGGAGCUGAGGGAGAAGCAGGUGCGGCAGCAGGCUGUCCUGGAUGACCUGUACAGAGUCAAAGAGGAGAAACUGAGGGAGCUGCAGCGACGCAGGGAGGAGGAGAUGGAGAGGAAAAAAAGAGAGGAAGAGGAGGCGGCCAGGUGAGCGUUUAAUAAAAGAACAUGUUUCUGUUCUGCUCUUGUUUUGGCUUCAGGUGAGUCUUGAAAGUUGCAUUUACUUCCCGCAGACUUGCAAAGCUGGAGCAAGCCAGGAGAGAGCAGGAGAGGAGGGAGAGGGAGGAAGAGGAGGCGAGACAGAAGAGGCUCCUGGAGGAGCAGAGGGCCAGACAGAGGGAGGAAGAGGAGAGAGAGGCACAGGCUCGCCUCCGAGCCGCUCAGGAGAAAGCACAAGAGGAGGAGAGGAAGAGGAGAGAAGAGGAGGAAGCCAAGAGGAAGAGGGAAGAGGAGGAGGAGGAGGAGGAGGAGAGGAAACGGAAAGAGGAGGAGGAGAGGAAGAGGGAGGAGGAGCAGCUGGUGUUGGUGGAUCAGCAACCACCCAAGCUGACGUCUUAUAAAGCUCUGUACUCGUUCGUCGCCCGAAAUGCAGACGAGCUGAGUAUCGACGCAGACUGCCUCAUAGAGGUACAUGAAAACCAUCAUAGAAACACACUAAAGACAGAUGUACACACACUAGCUCAGCUUGUAUGUGAUGAAUAAUUCCUCCGCAGUAGAACUGAGCACAGGGAUCAUAAUGUCGACACAGUAAACUCACUCACUCCUGAUUAGAACAGAGGUGACUGCUCUCAAGUGUUUCUUCUUCUCUCUGAUUGACGCUGAUUAAAGUGUUUUUCAUGAUGCAGGUGGAUGAGCAGACCGUCGGCGAGCCCGGGUGGUUGUGUGGAAGUUACCGUGGAAACAGGGGCUGGUUCCCCCAGAGUUACGCGAAGAAAUGUCCCGCUUCUCCCACCGCUGAGUCAGGCCCUACGUCAGCUGGAGAGCCGCUCUUUUCACAGACACUCGCUAACACAGGGUAACAGACUGCUGUGAGGAACAGGAUGUUAGGUCACCUUCAUAAUGUUCGCAUCCAUGACCUGAUGAUCUGUCUGUUUUACUCAGAGCGCCGGACGAAGAGGAAGCGAGCAGCUCUGUUCCCGCCCAAUCAGAUACCUCACAGGUAAAAACAAAGUAAAUAAAAUCAGACUUUAAUUUCUAAGAAGAAACGAACUCUGACAGACUUUACUAUGAGCGAUUCCAGGGACUGCAUAGGGCUGGGCGAUAUGGCCUCAAGUCAAUGUCACGAUAUAUUGAUCAGUUCAUCCAUGAUAACGAUAAAUGGAUGAUAACUACUCCACAAGCUGCUCACCCCCUCCCACAUUAACUUCAGCCGCUACAAUUUUUGAACCGUCCUCCAUCUCCUCACCUGUUUUUCCCUCUUUGUUACGGACUGGAUGGGGUGGAGUCACGUCUCCAACGUAGGACAGCAUCUUAAAGGGACAUGAGACCAUAGCCUACCUACAAACAUCCAAAACCAACGUUUAUUUAUUUAUUUAUUUGACACUGAAUAUACCGAUAUGGGCAAAAUGACGUUGGUUAUUGUUGUAAAUUUCGGUAUCUGUAAAUUUUCAGUGUAUCGCCCAGCCCUACGACUGUCUCUAGAUUUGAGAUUUGCCCGUGUUUUCUCAAUAGAGAGGAAAUGUUUUAUUCAUGAGCAGCGUCGCAGUUAUCUGACUUAAUUCUGUUUUCUUUGUUGUUAUUCGACAAAAUUACAUCAACAUUUCACCGGCCGUGCUGAGCCAGUUUAUUAAGAUUAAAGCUGCUGUUGUCAUUUUUUUAAUAGUAACUGUGGAUCAAAGUCUGCGGCUGAUAUAAUGGGAGUCAUUUGUGAUCAUUAACUCGCAGAGAAAUAUGACCUAAUCACACCGCCUUUCCACUGUCUGCCGUUUCACUGCUUUGCAUUACUCUUAAUGACUUUUUUUCACGUGUAAAUGUCAGCUGAUGCAGACGGAUAACUGAAGAUAAACUCGCCUUCCUUCUUCCUGCACAAACACACUUUAUUUUCCAUUGUAAGAAUAAUAAUAAUGAUAUCGCCUGUUACUCUGGUAAGGUGCAUCUUGGAGUUUCGCUGUCAUCCCUCGUUUAUAGCGGGGUUUCAGGAAGUAGGGCUGUCAGGGUUACACACACACACAUUUCUUUGACAGCAGCGUGGUCGUAUAUUUAGAGCUUUUCUCUGUUGGGAGUUUCCUGUCUCAGCCUCUCAGUGGGUCACAUAGACAUUUACAGAUCACCAUCUCCCAGUAGAUGACUGUGUCGGUAUACUAAAGGCGGGUUUUUACAGUAGUAUACUGUUGUUUCCUUCCUCAGCUCUCAGUCCCCCUGCUGGCUCGAGCCGUCUCCUCAUGGUCCGCCACCUCGGACACUAACCUCAACCUCUCCUUCGACCCCGGGGACACGAUCACGGCGCUGCUGAGCUUCUGCCAAGGUGACGUCAUCAGUGUACUGCAGCAGAGGGAAGACUGGUGGCUGGGGCAGCUUAACGGGACGCAGGGGUGGUUCCCUAAAAACUACGUCACCCUUGAGACGGGCAAUAACACAGAGUAUGAAGAGACGCACUCUCAGACACACACAUCUCUCUAAUGCUUCAUUUCUAAACCGCCCCUCUCUCUCUCUCUCUCUCUCCAUCUCGCUCUCGUUUCUUUGCCAGCCUGGACGUAUUCGACGGAUCUGACGGCGUUCAGUUAGAGGGUGAGUUUCGUUCAUCUGCAGGAGCGAUUUUUCCCAAACAUGCUCUCAUCUGACUCAGACUCAUGCACUUUUAAAACCUCUGAAUCAGAGUACGUGGCCUUGUACACGUACGAGAGCCCGGAGGCGGGGGACCUGACUUUUGUUGAGGGAGAUGUUGUCAUGGUGACGGAGAGGGAAGGAGAGUGGUGGCGAGGAUGCAUCGGGGACCAGACGGGGGUUUUCCCUUCUAACUAUGUGCGCCCUGUUGAACCCGAGGUGAGUACGGUGGUUUUAAUCAAGUCUCUAACCUUGAUUUGAAUAAAUGUUUAAACUUGUAAAGAAAGAGAGGAUUUAAGGGGUUUGGAUCUUGAAUAAUUUAAUGCAAGUAUUCUCUGGUUCUCCGGCUUUAUUUGGAAUUUUAAUUUACUCUCUUAUUUCUUUAGGGGACGAGACCCGGAGCUCCGACCAAAAAGCCUGGUGGGCAUGUGUGCAGCGAUUUACAUCUACUGCAUAAAAACACACAAACAAUUAACCAGCCAGUCAUAGUCUGUUGAUUCACUCCAUUAUCCUGGUGACAGUCACUCAAUAUUCAUCGAUCCUGGACUUUUUUGUUUGGUCAACAGAGAUCGCCCAGGCAGUCAACGCCACCGCUGCCCCCAUGAUGCAUCAGCUGCAUCUGUCUCCAGGGCAACUGAUCGUGGUCCAGGCCAAGAACUCCACCGGAUGGUGGCUCGGGGAACUACAGGUCAGGAAUAUAAAAGCCACAGGGGGGAAGCUGUGGUUUUUAACACUAAUAGGAUUUUAGUCCAGGAUGGCAGUUUGGUCUUAACGCUGAUGUGCAGAGUUGGAGGUCAACUUCGCCCCUGAGCGUUAUUUAAACACGAUUAUCCACCAGAGAGCUUCAGGGACAGUUUUUGUUUUAACUCCUUUUUGUUUCAUUUGAACAGAUUUAACAGUCAGACACCUAACACACACCUGCCUCUUAAAGGGAUAUUCCGGAAUAAAAUUAAUCUAGGGUCAAACACACCACGAGUUAGACACCCCCUCAAGAGAUGAUUAUUGCUGACCGCUUGCUUCUCUAGUUAUACCAACUUUAGUAACGACCGCAGGAUAGCAAUACACCCUCUCCUGAGGGUGUUUAAAUCAGUGUUACGGUGUGUUUGACCCUAAAUUAAUUUUAUUCCGGAAUAUCCCUUUAAACAUUCAUGAGUUUUAUAUUAAACAGGGUUAUGGUUAUUGAACAAAAUUGGACAAUAUUCUCAGAUUGAAACACUGAGAUAACUCUGACUUUAAAUUUCUGAGUAAAAGAUGUGUCAUCACUGAGUUAUUGUUUAUUAUUAAUCAUCAACAUGCCAUUAAAGUGUCCUCACCUGUGAUGUUCAGCUCCCACUGACGGUGUUUUUGUAUCUGCUGACCUCUCAGCUCUUGUGGAGGACCGUCAUGAGAAGUCUAUCCUCUCUGCUCUCUUUGUGCUGAGGCUGCAGCUCCAGCUCCGGUUAGGCUUUUAGCGAAGAACCCGGCACGGUAAUGAGACAGCUGAGCGGAGUUAGCGGCAGAGAGGUGGACAGUUCAGACAAGACAGUGACAGUUUAGAUUAACUCUACAGGAGGAGGCGGGAUUACCAGAACUUUGUCAUUCAAAUUCAUCCAGCCGAGUUCUGAUGAAUAGAAAAGCAAAAGACUGGAGGCGGAUCCUGAUUUAUGAAGGCAGUGAAAGUAAAUGCCAAGCAAAGACCCAUCUGGUUUAAUACGUAUGGUCGUUGGCACUGCUGAGGUUCUUGAGGUUCAGCUCCCCACCCUAAGAAAUCAAUCCAUCAGCUCAUCUCUCGAUUAAGAAUUCAGAAAGUGAACCGGCGGGAGAUUGAUUUACUGGCGCUGGCUCUUCUCCCUCCAGGCUCGAGGUAGGAAGCGGCAGAGAGGCUGGUUUCAUUCCUCUCACGUCAAGCUGCUCGGCCCCUCCAGCAGCAAGUCCUCCCCCUCUCCUCUGCCAGGUGAGGCUGACACGCUUUCAACGAGGAAUCCAGUGUGUGAUCAGGGUGAAAGAUGAGCUAUUUUCUCACUCUGUAGUGGUUUGUUUAUACUCUUUCCCAUCUGGACUGCAGAGCUGCUCUAGAAAAACUUCAUGUAUGUGGAACAACAUUUGGAUAUCUUCUAAGACUUGCAUCUAAAUCAAACCCCCAUCUGUGCAUCUUUCCCCUCAGUGUGCCAAGUUAUUGCAAUGUACGACUACACCGCCGCCAAUCCGGAUGAGCUGAGCUUCUCCAAAGGUCAGCUGAUCAGCAUUUUAGACAAAACCAACCCAGAUUGGUGGAAAGGAGAAACCAAUGGGGUCACGGGCCUGCUGCCAACCAAUUAUGUCAAAAUGACGACAGAAUCGGACCCCAGCCAGCAAUGUGAGUAAACCUCAACCUUUUUAUAGAGAUCCACUAACAGUAAUGAUACAGUUUUUAAAGAUUAUCGUCCCCAAUUAAAACAGAAACACGUUUAUCAUCUGUUAAAUCGCACGUUUGAAUGUUUAUGCAAAAAUCUGAUUGGUUGACUCGGCUCACUGCAGGUACAGUAGAUUUCUUAUCAGUGUCAGAGCGUGGAGAAACGGAGGGUAAGCACUAAAGGGUUGUUUUCUAUCAAUCACUGAGGGAGUGUUGGUGAAUGGAUAAAUGAACGAGGACUGUGCUGAUUCACUUUCUUGUUAAGAGUUACAUCAGAAGAUUGUUGAUGCCCUGACGUGUCUUUAAAGCCCCAGAGAGGAACUCUUGGUUUGGCGCUCGGUGUGGACAAAGGAGUCAUUGCUUGUCUUGUCCUUUUACAUAUGUCAUCUGACUCAAAAUCUCAUCCUGCCGCCCUUUGACAGUCAAAUAUAAAAUUCUUUGUGAAAAUCGUAAUAACUGAAUAGCUGAAGCCGCUCCCCUCGCAUUAGAAAAUUCCUCACUGUAGCUUUAAGUUGAGACUCAACCAUGAUGUCCAGGUGGGGGUAAUAUCCAGUGUUUAAUUUGUAUAUCAUAAGGUGCCGGAACGCAAAAUACAUAUGACAGCUCAGGUAUGACGAGACAGGGACAGGUUCCUGAAAUUGUGCUGAAAAAUACAUGCAAAUGCCCACUUGACACGCUGUAGGACUUAGAACCAAGUAGCAAACAACUGCAUAGUAGCAGGUAGCAGCUACACACAACCACAGCACUUUAAAUGUACAGCACUGAAGCAGUGCCAAGCGGCAGAGCACACGCAACGCAAAAGGCUACAAACCCCAAGUGGGUCAAGGAGCCCAUGGCGCCUGUGCAGCCAAAACAGCAGACCAUUCAGUCCGCUUUCUCUAGCGCAACGCCUUACGAAACGUCUAAGAGACACAAAGGCUUCACAGAUGCAGUAGCUUAUUAUUGUAUUGCAAAAUAAUGCUACCAAUAAGCACUCUUAAAUGUCAUUUUCAUAUUGUGAUAUCUAUCGAUAUAGAAUAAACUUUUUCCCGUAUCGCCCAGCCCUAGGUCUAACGUUCAAAAAACAGAGCUUUUAAUAAGUCACACAAAUCUUCCAUUGUUAUUAUUAUUCAUAGAUUAGCACGGCGGCCUAUUAAUAGACAGUUUGCUCACCAUGUUUAGUCCAAAAACACCUCCACAUCACGAGAUUCUCCACCUCCUCCUCUUUUUUCGGGUUUAGCUCCGUGUGUCUGUGACAGUUCUGGGUGCUUUAGUCACCCACGACCUGCCGUCCCACAGUCCUCUCCUCCUCCUCAGUCCGCUCUCCUCUCCUUCUGGAAUCUUCCUGCUGUAAGCUAGCUGAUGUCGCGGUUCCCGCCUCUUCCUCCGGCUGUUGUACCGGGAUAACUGACGCCAGAGUACCCGCCUGUUGGUGGUCCACCUGGCUGACUGUUAGCGCUGUAGCUGGCUCCUGCUCCGGCUGGCGGUGUACCUGACCAGCUGCUGCCGCGGUACCAGCCUCCUGCCCCGGCUCGGCUCGCUGUCGGUGAACCCGGCUAGCUGUCGCGGCGCGAUCCUCCUGCUGAAGCCGGUUUUGACCGGUUACAUGACCGCUGCAGCUGCUGCCUUCGUCACCGCUUAUGAAGGCUUUUCUGACUCGUUUUAAAGUGUCAUGAAACUCUUACUUCUUUAUGAAAGAAGACCUAAAUCUAACUGUCUUUUUGUCGUGUUUGCGUUGAAAUGGUAACCGUGUUUUCCUCUCUGUUUGCCCCUCAGGUGUGGGUGUGGCGAAUUUCAAAUCUUUUUUUUCUACGCAAGGGGGCAGCGCGUCAUGAUGCUGCGUUCGAGUUACCUCGGAAGUCGGAUGUAGGACCUGAAAAUGACGUCACACCCGAGUUACCGGCGUUUCAGUUACCGAGUUACCUGAAACAACAUGGUUUCAUCUAUAAAAGUUAGUUUAGAGCUUUCCUUGUCCUAAUAUAUGGCGAGUGCUAAAAUGACUUUCACAGAUGUAGCCAUCUUAUUUCAGGCCUCCGAUUUUGCUUUUUUCCGACUUGGUAACUGAAACGCUGGGAACUCGGGUGUGACGUCAUUUCAGCUCAGACAUCUGACUUCCGAGGUUACUCGAACGCAGCAUCACACUCCUUCAAAUGACGUUAAAUGUUUAUAAACAACAUGAAAUUCCUGGAAUUUGUUCUGUCAAUUAAUAUACGCAUAUUAUUAUUUUAUUUUAAGCAUUUCAAUGUUUUUUUUUAUUUAAUUUUUUGUAUGAAAGUUACCAAAUCUGCCCAAAUAAAUACCGGAACACAGGGAGGCCAAAAUUAAGCAGUGUCGGUGUUGUGCCGUUGAAUGCAUCCCCUGCAUCCCAUCCACUCAUUAGCUUCUUAAAGUGGAAGAAAAUUAACUCGUAUUUAAAAAAAUGUGAUCAUUUGAUCAUGACAACAUUUCAAAUGGAGCAGCAAACUUUGGUUCUGUUUUUAUGUGUCUCAAAAAUGCACAUAUAGAGGUUCUGGCAGGAUCUGGCUCAAAUAAACUUCUUGUGAUAUCACGGUGUGACUUCACAGAGACUGUCUUUGCUUUAUCAGUUUACCUGAUGCUUCUGUUGCCUAGCAACCUCAAAAGCUGCACCAGUUACAAGCUAACAUACCUUUUGUCAGAUAUUGUAAAUAAACCAACUAUUUAAGACAUCAUUUCAAGUUUAAGGCUCUUUUUCAGCUACUCCGUUAGGUUAAAAUUGUGUAAUCCUGCCGAGGACUCUUUGGAUAUUUUAGACCAAAAAGAUUGCGGCGCAUGCAGCCUUCAUUAGUUGAAUAAAGCAGGAUGCAUUCGUCAAAGGAUCUUCCAAAUAAGCAAGUGGCCUUGAAAUGUUUGUAAAGGAUGAAUCUGCAAAAAAUUACAAGACGAUUCCAGCCAGUUAGCAGGGGCUACAUGAUGUUAUCCAAACCCCUUUUUUAUUGAUAUGAGUGGAUUUUCAUUGUUGAUAUUAUUUUAGAUUGGACUCAUUCAGCUCUGACUCCAUGUUUGUAGUCUUUAAUCUUAAGCUAAAUGAAUAUUUUGCAUACAAGCAUUGGAGGGGCAAGAAUCUUCUCAUGUAACUCUUUAAAAAAAAGAAAAUCAGCAAUUUCUAACAACGAAAACGUCAAACAAAUCACUGAAUCAUCAACAAAAUGAAAAAAAACACAAACUCUGAUUUGUUUCUAAUUGAACCGGCAUGUUUUUCCCAAUCAAACUUCCUCUUCAUUCACACCACGUGGCUCAGAGGUAGAGAUAAAGUCUUAUGCAAACACAGAUCGCUGCACGGUUGGGGAGGAUGUGAUUCACUCAUGUUUGCUCACAUAAAGCAGCUGCUCUGAUGAUAAAAAGAAGUGUGUUUGGAUUUAGUAUUCAUAGGCGGCGGUUCUCCUCGCAGCAGUGGAUCUCUGUUAACGAGAGUGAACUCAGCGGACGUUUAAUUAGGACCAAGUUGUUCAGAGUCGCUUUAAUGUGCAGAAACAAAACCGAGUGAAAUUUUAAUUCCGACGAACAUGUUCACACUUCGCUACAUGCCAGAGUCUGCACUUCAUCCCUGAGAUAAAGAGAGAGAAAUCAGCAUCACGCUCCAGCUGAUAUGAUUAGUAAUAACAUUUACAUUUCCUGAACGACAUUAUUAAUGCACCUUCAUGUGUGAGUCGAGCAUUAAUAUUCAAACUUGAUUAAUGUCUGCUGUCUCUCCGCCUUUCCUUCAUCUCACUCACCUCCCCCUCCCGCUCCUCCGCCUCAUCUCUCGUUUCUCUCUCUCCUCUCUCUAGGACAGUAACGCUGGCUUUCCUCUCGCUUCUUCCUCCUUCUCUUCCUCCUCUUCCUCACCCCUUCUGUUUGAGUCAGUGCGAAUUGCCCCUGUUGCGGCAGGAAGCCCAGCUGCCAGACAAAAACAGCUCAGCCCUGCAUUUUGGGACUCGCUCCUUAAGGACUGUGGUGUUCUUUGCUUCUCCUCUCUUUCUUUAUUUAUUUAGCGUCUUUAACCUCCUCCUCUUGAAUGUUUUAUCCCCUGUCUCUUUCUAUAACCCCCUCUCGCUCUCUCCUCUCCCUGCGUUUUUCCCCUCGGUGUUUCUUUGCCUAACUACUAAACAAAGGCAGAGGCAGCUAGAGAUGGAUCAGAAGAGUUUGGUUACACAGAUAUGAAAAAAAAGUGUAAAUUGCAUUGAUUUAGUUUUCUAAACGGCGAAUAUUUAUUACAGGGUCACUCAUUCUUGCACUAACAACAGUAAACCUUGGACCAAUCUGAACACUCACUGUUGCUUUAAUCCCUCAAUAACCUUGAUUGCUGCUUGCUGAUGCAUCGCUUGCGCUAAUCCCGAACUGUUGUGGUUUAAUUAUUCAACUCUUAUGCACUCUUAUCCAUGUAACAAUGCUUCCAACUGACUAAAGAUCGAGUCUCAUCCUGUAACUGAACUGCGAUAUCACCAGCACAAGAAGAAAAACCACGCCGAUAUUUCAGCGACACAAACCUGCUGACAUCUCCCUCCGACCUUUGCCAAGUUUUUACCUCAAAGACUUGAACUAUCAGCUGAGUCUUCCACUGCUCUUUUAGCUCAAGCGUUUUACUCAUCCACACCUAUGCAAUCAUCACCAUGAGAGGUGCUUUCUUUUCCUCGGUAGCAGUGUUCAGUGUUAGCGUUGCCUGGUAUGUUCCCUACAUUCAUGUACUGCGACUACGAUGUGCCUCACUCUUGUUUCUGUGCGUUGACUGUAAAUAAAAUAUCAUAGAAAUUAUAAUAAAGGAGAUUUUAACAUGAAGACGACUGAUGAGAGAGUGUUGUGUACAUGCUUGUGUGUUUGCGCGUGCAUCCCCGCAUGUUUGCAUGUCUGCAUGUGCGUGCGUUUGCAGGGUGCGCCGACCUGAUGACGCUGGACUCGAUGACGCCUCAGGAGAGGAAAAGACAGGGUUACAUCCACGAGCUCAUCCAGACUGAGGAGACCUACGUGGAGGAUCUGGAGCUGGUUCUCGAGGUACAAACACUCAGAAGCAAACGGAUAUGAUGAUGAAGAAGCAUGAACCUUCAUCUGAACUGUGUGUGUUUAUCACUCAGGUCUUCUACAGGCCCAUGUCUGAGUCGGGCCGCCUCACGGAGGAUGAGAUGGGGGUGAUUUUUGUCAACUGGAGGGAGCUGAUUAUGUGUAACACCAAACUACUCAAGUAGGUACCACACACACACACACACACACACACACACACACACACACACACACAAAGGUCCAAUCCCAAACUGCCCCCUACACACUCUUCCUCCAUUUGCGCAUCCCCACAGAGGCUCUGCAGUAUUGAAGGCCGUCCCAAACCACAAAGUGCAGAGGGCGAGUGGACCGUUCAGCCCUUCAAUAGUGAGUCUGCACCAGUGCUGAUUCAUGACAGGAUUUGCAGGAGGAAACAACAUACAACUAUAAGUUCCGUAUGUGUCCACCUUUGUCUCACGUGGUUUGGAAAGGUCAAAUGAAACUCUGAAAUUUUACUCUGCGCUGACAUUUGUUUUGAUUGUGCAGGCACAUGUCGAAAAGGUAAAGGGGUUCAAAGAAAUGUGGAAACACAAACAAUCAGAAGUUUAAUUUAGCUCCUGUCACUGUGAUGGUUGCUGGAUUUAUGAUUUUACUGGGAGGAUGAAGAAACGAGGCAGCCGGUGCAGCUCAGAACUGAACAUGAUGUCCGUUUACUAAGAAAAUAAACGCUGCCUUGCACAGGACGCGUCUUUGUGUUACGCGGCACACUCCACAGCUGUGAGUGUAACUUCAUUAUGAGUAACACUCUGUAGCGAAGGGCAAGUGUGUAGGGGUUGGUUUGGGAUCGGGCCACACACAAACACACACCUGUGAAAUCAUGAUUCUGAGUGUGAUUCUCAUUUCAUCUAUCAGAGCCCUACGAGUCCGUAAGAAGACCGGAGGAGAGAACAUGCCGGUCCAGCUGAUCGGAGACCUCCUGGCCUCCGAGCUCGCUCACAUGCAGCCCUACAUCCGCUUCUGCUCCUGCCAGCUCAACGCCGCCGCCCUGCUGCAGAACAAAACCUACAACCAGCAGGACUUCAAGGACUUCCUCAGGGUAUGAGAGUAUAAGUAACCCUAGUCAGAGCUCAACCAAACAGAUAGGGUUCAUCCUUCUUCUUACUGUCUUUCUCCUUCUGAGCAGAAAAUCGCCACAAACUACCGCUGUAAAGGAAUGCCGCUCUCCAGCUUCCUCCUCAAACCCAUGCAGAGGAUCACCCGCUACCCCCUGCUCAUCAAGAAUGUAAGUGGACUCUUCCUCUCGUAUUUAUGGUGUGGAUUCCGUCUCUUAUUCUCACCUGUCCGUCAGAUCCUGGAGCACACACCUGACGCUCACGCAGACCGAGGCCCGCUGAGAGAAGCUCUGGAGCGAGCCGAGGAGCUGUGCUCUCAGGUCAACGAGGGGGUCCGGGAAAAGGAGAACUCAGACCGGCUGGAGUGGAUCCAGAGCCACGUCCAGUGUGAGGGCGCCAUCGAGGUGAGACCGCUCAGACACGACUAAAACACCACAUUCGGCGUGUUCCUCUUCGCUCAUGUUUCACGUCCUCCUCGUUUCGUUUCUCUUCCAGCACUUGGUCUUCAACUCGCUGACUAACUGCCUCGGGCCUCGAAAGCUGCUCCACAGCGGACGUCUCCACAAAACCAAAAGCAGCAGGGAACUGUGGGUGUUCCUCUUUAAUGAUUUCCUCCUGCUCACACACAGCGCCAAACCCUUCUCCUCCUCCGGAGCAGACAAGCUGUUCAGCCUGAAGACCAACAUCCAGCUGAAGAUGUACAAAACAGUGAGCGCUUUUCUCUGAAAGAAAGAUCAAAUCCUGCGGGGAACACUGUAACGAUUGAUGAAAUACUCACAGCUCACUGUCUCACCCGCAGCCGCUGUUUCUAAACGAGGUUCUGGUGAAAAUGCCGCCCGACCCGUCCAGCGAUGAGCCGCUCUUCCACGUCUCGCACAUCGACCGGGUCUACACUCUCAAAACGGAGACCUUGAAUGAGAGGUGGGCUGCACACUAAUGUCUCGAUGCACCAAACGGAGGAUUCAGUCGCACAGCGUUGAUGUUUCUGUGUUUACUGUCUCGGCAGGACGGUGUGGGUUCAGAAAAUCAAAGCGGCUUCAGAGUUUUUCAUCGAGACGGAGAAGAAAAAGAGAGAGAAGGCGUACCAAGGUAAACACACGUCUGUCUGUUCCUCCUGUCAGGUUUUUAUAAAGAUGAGACACAAACUUCUCAUUCCUGUAAACACCUCGCUGUCUCUUUUGUCCACAUCGGAGCUGCAGCAUUGUGUGUUUGUGUGUUUUGGCUCGACAACGUGUGACGGCUGUGUUUUUGUUUCAGCGCGGUCCCUGAAGAGCAGCGGUAUUGGCAGACUGCUGGUGACUGUCACUGAAGCUCAGGAGCUUAAAGCCUGUAAACCGAACGGUGAGGCCGUCUGAAUCCAGAGUUACAAACAUAGAUCACUCACUCAGUCAUCACUGUUGGUUUCUUUAAUGAAUACAUGACAUCCUCUCUCUCCAGGGAAGAGUAACCCGUACUGCGAGCUGACCAUGGGGGCUCAGUGUUACACCUCCAGGCCGAUCAGCGACACUCUGAACCCAAAGUGGAACUUCCACUGUCAGUUCUUCAUCAAAGACCUGUACCAGGACGUUCUGUGCAUCACCGUGUUUGAGAAGGACCAGUUCUCCCCAGAUGGUCAGUUAAUGAAAGACAAACAAAACACCGAAACACUCAAAAAAAAACACAGUGAUUAUCUGGAUCAAGCCGCUCCAGCUGUCUGCUCUCAUCCUGUUUUAUCUGCUCUUCUAUAAUUCGUCUAAUUGAACAUUUUUUCUGCCAUUUAGUUUUUCCUGCGACACUUUUAAAAACAGGAACACCGGAGCUACGACAACGGCUCAUGGGAAAGUCGUAAAGUAACUAGUUUAACCUCUUAAAUAGUGAUAAUAUGAUAAAGAUGAUGUCUGUGCCUCUAUUUGGAUAAAAGACGACAUUUAAAGUGAUGCAUUUUUAGGAGUUUUCAGAGGAAAGACUCUCCAAAUACUCAUAAUUUUAGAUGAUUUUCAGACUAGAUUAAUUGUUCAUAUACAGAUAAUGACAAUAAUAAUGUUCAAGUCUAAAUAAUCCAAGGCUUCCUCUCACCUAAACAAAGAAAUAUGAAGAAUCAAGUGUGCGUUUUUAAUCAGGAUUUGAUUGUUUUUAAUGGGUUUUUCUUGACCUGGGAUUUUCACUCUCAAAAUCCCAGAUCUGCUCUUCACUUUGCUGGUGAAAUAUACCCGUUUUACUCUUUGCUGUGUUUUCUGUGUAUUUAGAUUUCCUGGGUCGCACUGAGGUUCCCGUGGCGACCAUAAAAAAAGAGAUGGAGAGUAAAGGUGCUGCAAACCGCCGUCUGCUGCUGCACGAAGUCCCCACUGGAGAGGUUUCAGUCAAACUGGACCUGCAGCUUUAUGAGCCGACCAAAUGA